AUGAGUAUUGACGUGUUUGGAUUCCCUGGCAUUCUAGAAGAUCAAGGUUUUGAUAAUGCUUACGCCAUCAUUCCAGCUAUGAUUACCAGUUGGAGUGGAAACCAAAUUGUUCUCCCAUCAUUGUCUGCCCCUGGUCUUUCAGGGAGCGCGAUUGUGUGCGCCAAAACGGGAGUACCAGCGGAAUAUCGUGGUGGUGGGCUUGAUGGCUCAGUAAAGAACGAACAGUAUAAAUCCCAUGGCUACACAUUUCAUGGAAUAGUCCCCAAAUUGCCGUCAUCGUUGCCGCGAUCAACCCACAGUUCUAAAAGGAUGAGCUUGAGUGCGUCGACGUUUGAACCACUGCUGUUCCUGAACACUCAAUUUCUGAGAAAUUCUGAUAAUUGA